CUGUAAGACCACUUUUUUUUAAAUUUGUCUCCAUAGCAAGUUGUCUUAAGACACCGAUAUCGUUGCACACUAAUCUGAGCGAAACGUCAAUGACGUCAGUCAUCAAAAUGUGAGAGAGGUCAAGGGUGAAACGCGGUGUCAAAGUCCACCGUGUGUACCGUUGUCUAUAGUACAGCGUGCUGAAGCUCUGAAAACAUUUCUGCUGGUUACUUGUGAUAGGCUUUUUGCGGGAACGUAGCAGGAAAUAAGACGCAUUCGGGUAAGGAGAGAUGUCCAAGAAACGGACCGUGCUAGCCGUCGUGGCUGCGGCGGUGGUGGUGGUGGUCGGCCUGUCCGUGGGGCUGGGUAUCGGGCUGAACCGGCAGGCCCGGCGGGAGCACCGCGUGGGAGACCCGUGCGAGCCGGUCGGCCCUCCCGUGGGCAGCGGCGGGCCGUACUCCCGGGCAGCCGUCGCCACAGAUGCAGGCAGGUGCUCCAAGAUUGGCAGUGACAUCCUUGAGAAAGGCGGAUCAGCUGUUGACUCUGCUAUCGCGAGUCUGCUGUGUAUCGGGCUGAUCAACGCGCACAGUUCCGGGAUCGGGGGAGGUCUGUUCAUGACGAUCUACGACAAAGAGACGAACACAGCAGAAGUGAUCAACGCCAGGGACAUGGCGCCUGCAGCAGCCACUGAGAACAUGUACCAGAGGAACUUCACUCUCUCUACAUUAGGUGGUCUUGCAGUCGCUGUACCGGGAGAAAUCCGCGCGUUCUGGGAGGCUCACCAGAGACACGGGAAGCUGCCGUGGAAGGACCUGUUCCAGCCGGCUAUACAGCUGGCGGAGGAGGGCGUGUGUAUAGCGGGUUCUCUAGCUGGAGCCAUAGAAGAGAAAACUGUCGAUAUGAAGAGACCCUGGAGCGGCGGCAUCAUCACAGAACAGGACUUCCGUGACUACGUGGCGGAAGUGACGUCACCUCUCAACAUCACCCUCGCGGGGGGUCUGACGGUCCUGUCUCCUCCUCCUCCUUCUAGCGGGGCCGUCUUAAGUCUCAUCCUCAACAUCUUGGACGGUUACCAGUUCAGCCCUUCCAGUAUAGACGGCACAGACAACCAGAUCCUGACGUACCACAGGAUCGUGGAGGCCUUCAAGUUCGCCUACGCCAAGAGAACCGAGCUGGGGGAUCCCAACUUUUUAGAUAUAGCUGAGCUGAUCAGAAACAUGACGUCAGGCGACUAUGCCGAAUCUCUCAGGCGGAUGAUCGCUGACGACACGACGCACGACUAUAGGUAUUACGGUCCGUCCUUCGUCCUGCCCGAAGACGGCGGCACGUCACACGUGUCUGUUCUGGCGCCUAACGGGGACGCCGUGUCCGUAACCAGCACCGUCAACCUGUUUUUCGGUUCCAAGUUACGGUCCAGGUCGACAGGAGUGAUUCUCAACAACCUCAUGGACGACUUCUCCUCCCCCAACCUCACCAACUCUUUCGGAGUUCCACCUUCCCCGGCAAACUUCAUCAGGCCGGGAAAACGAAUGAUGUCGUCCAUGAACCCUGCCGUGGUGGUUGAUGGGAACAGUGACGUCAGACUGGUGACGGGCGCGUCUGGCGGCACAAAGAUCACCACGGCAACGGCUUACGUCCUGAUGCAGCACCUGUGGUUCGGGCUCGACAUCGGACCUGCCGUGGAGACGCCGCGGCUACAUCAUCAGCUGUUACCGGAUCGCGUGGACACGGAGAGGAGCAGGCCGUUCCAGCCAGAGGCCGUUCUGGAGGGACUGAGGCAGAAGAAUCACGUGAUCCACACGGCAGGAUCCGCCAUCGUCAACGGCGUGUCCAAGAGAGGUGACGUCAUCAAUGCCGCCUGCGACUCGCUGAAGGGAGGGUUUCCUGUGGGGUUCUAGUUUAAACUUAGAGCACAACCCGCCGUACGUGCAAUAUAUCCGUACUUCUUUUUUUUGGGGGGGGGGGGGGAGGCCAC